AUGGUUCGGUACGCCACGCGGACGUUGGUCCGACACUGUGUGCUGUUGGUGGCAUUGGUGGCACUGGACGGAAGUGUCGCUACGAUAGAUAACGCCACCGGUGCGGUUCGCGAGAACUCGCUACCGAGUGAAGUGCCCGCGGUAGUGAUUGAUCAAUCAAACGCCAUACCUGCAUCCAACGUCGAUACGGCAGCGACGAUUGCAACAGACACAACCACCACUACCAUCGUCAGCUCGACGGAAGCAGCUACAGCAACGACGUCAUCGCUAUCUGCUAGCAAUGAGGCCACGCGAACCGUGACGACACCCACGGCGCCACUGACGGAGGUCAGUUCGAUUGAGUCGAUUCAUCAGCAACGCUCCACCUCAUCGACAUCCGAUGAGUUUCCACCGAAUUGUUCAGAAUUUAGCGCCUCUCCCGUAAAGCUGAUGUACAGUGAAAAGGCACGAAUACGCAAGUGUUGCCCACCGGGACAGAUGAUACAACCGCGGAACAGCUUCGAGUACGAGUGUGUCCCGGGCAGCCGGGAGCUACAGAUCGAAACCAUCGAGGCCCAGUUCUACGGCAACAACGAGUGCGUUGAGGUGACCGGUGAGCAGGUGGUGCUGCCGGUGGAAUCGCAAGAUCUGUGCGAAAGUGACCCGCUUGCGUUGAUGUACAGUGCGGACCAGGGCGACGAGCUGUUUGUGCUGCAGAACGGCUCACUGUUGGUGCUGGAGAUGGGAUCGCUUGUGUCGGUGUUCGACAGCUACUGUGUGGAAAUGACGAACGAUGCGAUGCUGUUGGCGAAGGUGUGCGAACCGGCGAGAAUCGAUCGGGUCGGAGUGGUGGAGUUCUUCAUGCUGUUUGGUUCAGUGCUCUCGGUGCUGGCAUUGCUGUUUACUGCCCUGUGCUAUUCGUUCGUGCCAAAGUUGAAAGAUACCUUCGGAUAUCUUAUCGCCGCCCACGCUGGUACGUUCGCUAUCGGGACGAUCUUUUUCGGGCUUGCGCGGUGCGGUGGGCGCUGUAUCGAUCCGGGCAAUGUUGAAAUCACGGAAAUAUUCUCGAACGCGUUGCUCGGUAGCUCCAUGUUUGCGGCUUUCCUGAUGAACGUUUACAACGCGCUGUAUGUGGCGUACUACAUACCGAAUGGGCUCGAGUACGAGAACAAGAACAAGCGUGACAUGUACGCGUUUCUGGCAGUGCUGUACUGCAUCACGCUCAUACCGUUGGUGCUAUUCCCCAAAGGUGGACUUGUGUGUAUUGUGUUUUUGUACUUUGCAGCGAUCAUAACCGCGCACAUCCUUUCCUCGUACUAUACGAGAAGACUCACCUCGGGCAUAUACCUACAAAUAAGCGGUCAAACAAAGAUUAAUCAAACGCGGCUCAAUGACAUAAAUGGACAGAGGUGCCUCUGUCUGGUGGAGACAUUGGGUGCACUUGUAUUAUGGAUCGUCUUGGCGGGGUUAAUACUGUCCAACAGCAUGUACGGGGUUGGCCGAAUCGUUGCCGUGUACUGCAUCGUAGGGCAGGGUUUGCUUAUCGGGGGACUGUUUGUGGCCGGCCAGCAGCGGUGGAUCAUACUGCGGGAAUGCUGGAGUAACUCGGGUUCGGUCGAUUUGCGUGCGGUAGAGAACGGCGUGGAAAUGAAAACGUACACCAAACCGCGGUUGAUGGUGGAGGAUAAUGAGGAUGCAACAAAUACGUAG